CAUAGUUUACUAGUGCUGCAGGGAGCACAAGUCUUUUCACAUAUUCAUCCUUUCAGACAAAGAAGAAAUGCAAAGGAACUCCAAUGUAUCUAAAUGUGGACUUUGCUCAUUUCUCCUUGCCUAAGCUAGCCAGAUGAACACACACACAACAGCCCACAAGGCCAAGAUAAGGCAUCUGUGCUCCUGCCUUGUCCUGUGCUUGCACUUGGCCUCUGGUGCUGUACCUGGUCCAUGUGUACAUUCUGUGACUGAGGAACAUCUCCUGAUUUUAAGAAAACUGAUUAUAAACCAAGUCCAAAAUGGCUGCUCUAUAACCUAUAGGUUUACCAAACGCCAGAACCUGAGUGAAGUCUGUUACAUUAAAGCAGCAUUCCCUCACAUCCUGGACCUUUUGAACACACACUUCACAUAUGAAAAAGGUUCUGAUAACUAUCGCUACACAAGCUCACUAAAGGACUUGAUCUACAACAUUUAUUCUGAGAAAUGCAUCCCUCCUAUCAACGAAGAACUUGAGGAAAGUCCAGUGCAGUUUGCAAGACUGUACAUAUCUUUGCCCAGGGAGGGUCUACAAAAAGCAGAGGAGGUAUUUCAGAUGUACAAAAGGCUGAUGAGUAAAACUGACAAACCUGUGAACUGGAACUGUGAGGAUGAAUAUGCAAAUAACUUUCCAGAAUCCACCACUGCACUUCACACCCAAACGACAGGUACCCCAGAGUGCCAGUGCUCUUGCCGUCACCCUCUGAAGUCAUUUAUGUUAACCAGAUCUAUUCCAACUGCAUCACCUGCAUCUCCCCACACCAAAUCAGGUGCAUAUAUCUUCAGGAACAAGAAUGAAGGAUCUAGAGCACCUGAACCUGCAGUCAAAGAUGAAGCACCAAACUCAGUUUAGAAUCAGAUUUUUUCAUCAGGUCAUGAUCCUUUUACUGGGCUGUACACUAAAACUGAACUCUUUAUCGAACAACGUUCUGCAAACUUCAUUACUUCCACCACUCCAAAUUUGAUAGAUAACAGCAAUGAUUCUUAUGUAGCUUUGGGAAGUGAGCCACAAUCAGUUGCGUCCUCUCCCACUGCAUCCUCAAGUGAUUUACCAAGCAUGCCAAAAAGAACUCUUCUCCAAUCAGCAACAUCACAGCCCUCUGAAAAAAGAAAUGCACCACUAAAAGGGACCGCUGCAAGGGACCCAGUACUAGGACUUGCCAAGAGGUCUUUAGAUACCAGAGAGCAAGGAAUGCUGUCUGAUUCCUACUCCGAACUGCUCUGGAGUUGGAUUACUGAAACCACAGGAAUUAGGAAGAAUAAGAAGGUCAAACUCUUUGACAUCACACCUGGAGAAACAGAAAACCCUCCUGUUGAAAAUGUUGAACAGAACAGUCCUACACACCUCCAGAUGCAUCGUUACAUGGACAAGUCCAUACCAGGGAAUGUGUUUAUCAUCAACAGCAAGGAAUCAAACUGCAAUGAUUCCAGAUGUCAAAAAGGCACUGAAGACAGGUCAGAUCAGAGAUCCAGAGAUCUUGUAAAGAGACACUCUGGGGGAAAAGAGUUCCAAUGUAUACACCUCUCUAUAUACACAAUGUUCCUGAUUACAUCUGCUUGCUUAUUACUACUGUUCAUCACUGUCCUCUUCUACUGCAAGCAGCAACGGUUUCAAUGAGCCUGUGUCCAUGGAUUCCUGAUUUUGGCUGGCAGGAGUCAAACCCAAUGUGGUCUUCUGCUGUUGUAGCCCAUCCAUCUCAAGGUCGGUGUUUUGUGCAUGUUACAUUUACAUUUAUUCAUUUAGCAGACACUUUUAUCCAAAGUGACUUACAAAUGCGAAAAUACAAGCAAAGAGAUAUAUCAAGCAGAGAACAAUACAAGUAGUGCUACCAUACAAGAUCCACUAAUUGAGUUCCAGAAGAAGCAAAGUGUGUAGAGGUGUAAGUGCCAGAGUAAAAUUGUUUUGUUUUUUUUGUUUUUUUUUAAUGGGUUAUGAGUUGGUUGGGUGUUCACGGAAGAGGUGGGUCUUUAGCUGUUUUUUGAAGAUGGUGAGAGAUUCUGCGGUCCGGAUUGAGGUUGGAAGUUCAUUCCACCACUGAGGAACAGUUAGUUUGAAUGUUCCUGAAAGGGACCUUGAGCCGCGCUGAGUAGGGACUACUAAGCGUCGGUCGUUGAUUGAUCGCAGAUUGCAUGAGGGAACAUAAGCCUUCAGGAGAGAGUUGAGGUAGGAGGGUGCUGUUAAAGACAAGGUCUUGUAGGUGAGCAUCAAGGCCUUGAAUUUGAUGCGGCCAGCUACAGGAAGCAAGUGGAGGGAGAUGAAGAGGGUGUGACAUGGGUUCUCUUGGGAUGGUUGAAGACGAGGCAUGCUGCUGCAUUCUGAAUCAGGAUGAGGACAGAUUAUCUAGGGGUUGCUCUUGCUAGUCGUAAGGCUUAAGUGACGGAAAGCAGAGCAGUCUCCGUGGAGUGAUUGCUCUUGAAGCCAGACUACUUGGUGUCCAGGAGGUUGUUCUGUGUGAGAAAAUUGGAGAGUUGAUUGAAAACAGCUAUUACAAGAGUUUUGGAAAGAAAAGGGAGGAGGGAAACAGGUCUGUAGUUGUCAACGUUGAGACACUUUUCUGCUCACUACAGUUGCAAAGAGUGAUUACUUUCCAUAUGAUUGAUCUGUUUUUUGUUCACAUAAAAUGUGAAAUUACUAAAAAAUGUAAAUUUCAUAUCAUUUGAUAGAGUGUAUAUAUUUUAUUAAUAAGCACUUUUCAAAGAGAAUCAAAUAUUUGCUUGUCCAAAUAUGUAAAAAAAAAUUUUUUUUUAAAAUGUCUGGGUUACGCAUGUAACCCUGUUCCCUGAGAAGGAAAUGAGACAUUGUGUGAGCUCCACAUUGUGGGAAGCGCCCUCGCGUGUGACCGAUAUCUGAAGCUUGUGUAACAUCAUGCUUAUUUAUAGGCCUGCUGUGAUCAGGUGACAUGGCAAUUAAGCAUGUCACGUGAAAUAAAAAUGGCACCUGUGAACCAUGCCAUCAGCCUCUAUUAUGUUAAGCGAAGACGCAAUUCACAGGCAUGCCCCAGUAUGACAAAGCCACAUAACGUCUCGUUCCCUUCUCAGGGAACAGGGCUACGUGCAUAACCCAGAUGUUCCCUUUCAAAGGGAACAACAUUGCGUGAGCUCCACGCUGUGGGAACGACAAUACCCACUAAGUCAUACUGAGGGUAUGGCCUGUAUAAAAAGAUCCGUGCCCGAGGGUCACUGCAAGACACUCAACCCUGGUGUGGACUGUAUUUCCAGGCUGUAAUAUUGAAUGAAUGUGUGUGCGUAGACCACCACGCAGCAGCACACACAUCCUGUAAGGGUACCCCUUUGGAAAAAGCCUUUGAGGAGGCGACCCCUCUAGUGGAAUGAGCCCUUAUACCCAGAAGCGUAGCGAGACCACGCGCCUCAUACGUGAUAGAGAUUGCUCCCACUAUCCAAUUAGAGAUGCAUUGCUUCGACACAACAUCACCUCUACUGUCGCCGCCAAAGCAGACCACUAGCUGGUCCGACUUACGCCACUGGCCGGAGCAGUGGACGUCAGUAUAGAGAGCCCUUACUGAACACAGUAGGUGCAAUUUCUCUUGUUCUGGUGUGAGUAACAGAGGAGGGCAGAAAGCCUGCAACACUACUGGCUGGCUUGCAGAUGUAGGCACUUUAGGAAUAUAAUCCACCCUAGGAUAUAGGAAUGCCUUUGCUAAUCCAGGGGUAAAGUCAAGGCAGGAAGGGGCAACAGAGAGAGCUUGUAGAUCUCCUACUCGCUUGAGAGAUGUCAGGGCCAGCAGAAAAGCUACCUUUAGAGUCAGAAGCUUCUCUGAGGCUGACUCUAAGGGCUCAAAUGGGGCACCUGACAAACUUUCCAGGACCACAGAAAGGCCCCAGGAAGGUACACAGCAAAAUCGCCAUUGUUGAUUUAACACCCACAGCAUUGAAUUUACACCCUACAGUGUUUAUAUAAGUCCACUGAACUCAAAUAACUCUCUGGGUGUUAAUUCAACACUAGGGAUUUUACUGUGUAUGCAUAGUCUGCAGAUGGGCCUCAGCCACCUGACACCAUGCAUAAACCUCAAUGUUAGAGGAUGUUGCCCCACAGAGGCUCCAUCAAUAGGGGUGUGGCUGGCCAAAAUGGUGGCCACAUAGACCCUAAUGUAGAAGGAGCCAACCCUGCUGAGAAAUGUCCUUGUAAGAACUCCAGCACUGUAGCUAUUGAGUAGUUCAGUGGGUCGAGCUGACGUUCCUCACACCACAAGAAGUUGCCACUUGAAUGCAUACAAUUUCUUUGUGGAUGGUGCUCUAGCAUUCAACAUGGUCUUUACCAAAAUCUAUGAACUGGUGCCCACAGUUUCCAUAGUUCUGGCCGAGGGUAAUAAAUCAGCCCCCUGCUUUGAAACAAUAGAUCCCUGGGGAUGGGAAUCUCCCAAGGAGUGCCAUCCAGCAGGGAUAUUAUCUCUGAGAACCAUAUUCGAGCUGGCUAAUAAGAUGCUAUUAGCAGCAGACAUAGACAGUCUUGGCGAACUCUCACGAGAACUUGUGGGAGCAAAGCGACUUGGAAAAAGGUAUAGAUGUAACCUCGACCACAUGUACACCAUGGCGUCCAGCCCCAAUGUUGUGGCAGGGGUGAGGGAAAACCACAGCAGACAGUGUGUUGUCUCCUCGGAGGCGAACACAUCUACUUCUGCUUGGCCGAACCUCCGCCAUAUGGACUCCAUCACUUGUGGAUGGAGCCACCAAUCCCUGGGCCUCAGCCCCUGCCUCAACAGGAUGUCUGCCCCCACAUUCCAGUUGCCCAGAAUGUACAUAGAACUCACUGACAAAAACUUUCCCUCUGCCCAGAGAAAAAUUAGUUGCACCUGCCUCAGCAGAGGGUGCGAACAUAGUCCUCCCUGGUGGUUGAUAUAUGAGCCCACUGUUGUGUUGUCUGUCACACCUAACACAUGGUGACCUCUCAAUUGAGGAAGAAAGAAUUUCAGUGCUAGAAACAUGGCAUUUGUAGGUGAUUUAUAUGCCACUCCAGAUGAGGGCCGUUCCAGAGACCGUGCCCCAACCUGUGAGGGAGGUGUCUGUCAUUACCAUCUUGCGAUAAGGAGACACCCUUAGAGUGUGACCCGAGGCUAGAAACCGGGGACACCUCCAAAUUCUCAGAGCACGUAGGCAUCGCCAAGUGACACUGAUUAAUCUCAGACAAAACCCUGACUUUUCAGCCACCACUGAAACAGUCUCCUGUGCAAUAGACCCAAUGGUAUGACACUGACUGCUGCUGCCAUAAGCCCCAGCAGUCUCUCGUAGAGACUGGAGGGGAUACAGAGAUCCAGCUUUGUCUUGCUCAAUGUUGAUAGGAUUGACCCUACGCAUGUUGGGGAUAGAAAUGCUCUGAUCAUAGUAAAAUCCUUAUAGCCUCUAGAAAAGUUGUCCUCUGCACUGGAGAAAACAUACUUUUCUUGAGGUUCAACCUGAGCCCCAAGCUCUUCAUGUGGGUGAGAACAACAUCUCGAUGUUGAAUCACCAGUUCCCUGGAUCACGCUAGAAUUAACCAGUCAUCCAGCUAGUUUAGUAUAUGGAAACCCUGUAGUCGCAAUGCAACCAGAAUGACAUCCAUGCACUUUGUGAAGGUGCGAGGGAAUAAAGCUAGCCUGAAGGGAAGAACCUGAUAUUGUUAUGCAUUGCCUCCAAACGCAAACCUCAGGAACUUCCUGUGCCUGGGCAAUAUCUCUAUGUGGAAAUAUGCAUCUUUUAUCAUCACAAUCCAGUCCUCAAACUGAAUUUGUGGAACAAUAAGUUUGAGCGUCAGUAUCUUGAAUCUAUAUGUCCCCAGAGUACAGUUCAGAUGACUCAGAUCUAAAAUUGGCCACAUACUCCCAUCUUUUUUGGGGAACAGGAAAUAAUGGCUGUAAAAACCUCCCUCCCUCAGGGAACAGGGUACAUGUUCAAUGGCCCCUUUGUCCAAUAGGGAUCUUACUUCUUGCUCUAACAUCAGGCUCUGCUCUGUGCUGACUACUGUGAUGAACACACCUCUGAACCGGGGGGUCGAGCUCUGAACUGGACGUGAUAACCUUUUUCUACAGUCGCCAGAACCCAUGGAGACACAUUCGGCAGUAGUUUUGAUGCUGCCAGAUGGUCUUUUAGUGACGUUAACUUUUCUAUGGGAGGGAAUAGAAAGAUUUUUGUUGCCCCAUGACAGCUCAAUGACCAGAGAACACUGAAAACUUGGGACAGCCUUGGCUAGGGGAGGCCCUACAGUAGUACUAGGGGCUAAUUGCCCAAACAACAUCAUGUCCCCUGAUAUGACCCUCCAUGUCCCCUCAGGACCGCUCCUCCUUUGCUUGGCCUUUAUGACCAUUCUCAGAUCAGGCCUAGUAGCGACUGUCGCUGCCCAGUUCCCCUGGCUGUUUGCAGGGGGAGGCGGGCUGCCACACUCGCCUUCUGUGCCUCCCUUGCACUAGCAGAUGCCUGGGUGAACUCACUGAACUGGCUGAAUGCUGCAGUAUGUCGAGCUCACUCAGAGGGUUUGCUUCGUAGGCCUGCAACACUACCAUUGUAUCCAGUGACCCACAAACAAGACCCACUACCAUAAAGGCCUUGCCCACUCAGAAUAAUCCAACAUCACAGGAUUAUAAAUACAGUUUAUGUAUGGUUUUCCCCAGAAGCAUGAUAUUUUGUCAUGCACUUCUAGAACAAAGGAGAGUUUUCUGCACUGUGAGGGAGAUUUAUUUUCAGUGGGAAGAAAAAAACUCUAUCAGCCUUUGUAAUUACUUCAAGCAGCUCUUUAAGUGCUUGAGAGCUGCUUUCAGUUUUUAGCACACCUUCUGGCUCCUCACAGUCAGAGAGGAUUUUUUGUGGCUUUCCGGUGGAUUUUGGCUCCUUUUCCAGAUCCAUAUGUGAUCCCCUGAGCUGACCUGAGCUGGGUACCUGCCUCAGCAGUGGCUGGCCCAGAUCCGUGAGGCUCUGAAACCCAACUCCCUUAGGCCGCGAAGAGAGUGAACUGCAGCAGAGCUGCCUGAUUGUAAGGCAUUCACAAUGCGCACAGUCAGACCUCUCAUGGGCUGCUCUGGCAUGCUCCACCACUAGACACUUCACACAGAAAGUGUGUCCGUUUGUCCCCGUGAUGAAAUGGGAGCAAGUCAUAACACACUUCCUGAAUUCUCUCUCAUGCUCUCUUUUUUUUAAAGGGACAGAAAAGUAAAGAGUUUUUUUUUAAAAGAUAGAGAGGAAAUUUAGAAUUUUUCCGCGUGUUAAAUGAACGACCAACAUGCAGUCUCGCUGAAGAUAAUAAGGCUGAUGGUGUGGUUCACAGGUGCCAUUUUUAUUUCACAUGACAUGCUUAAUUGCCAUGUCACCUGAUCAUGGCAGGCCUAUAAAUAGGCAUGAUGUUACACAAGCUUCAGAUACUGGUCACGCACGAGGGUGCCUCCCACAGCGUGGAGCUCACACAAUGUUGUGUUCUCUUUGAAAGGGAAACAGUUUCCAUAGGGUGUACUUAUUUUUUCACAUGACUGUAUAUUUUGAGUGAACAGAUCUCACAUAUGAUCUAACAUGGGUGUACACUGGAUUUUACAUGUGUAAUUUCAGGGUAUACCUUUGAAAUACUUUAAAGAAAAUGGCAGGUGAUUGGAGAUCAUUCUUAGUUGGACUGAUCACAUUUACACCUGGAAAAUUCAUGUAUCUUGUACAGUAUCUGGACUGUGUAUUGAUGAAAGUUUUAACCACACUCAUUUUUAUUUGUAGCAAAUAAUGGUCUCUGGUUAGAUUUAUUGAAAUCUGCAGUGUAUGUAAUAUGCAAAUUAUGUUGAAUACAUGGCCACCAAAUUCCUGUAUUUAUUGUUAUUCUUUAUGUAAAGUAAAAUACAUAAAUUUCCUUAAAGAUGUCAUGUUUGCCAGUUAUAAACCAUGUGCCACAAUGUAUUGGGAGGGGUUUUGUUCAUACUUAGCAAAAAAAAAAAAAAGUCAUCUCACAUUCAACUGCUUUUCUUUCCAGCAAAUUUCUUAACAUGUGUAAAUGUUUAAAUUAACAUAAGAAGAUUCAACAACUGAGACAUGAUACAUGUGACGAACAGAAUGGAAUAAUAAGUCCCUGAACAAAGGGGGGGGGGGGGGGGGGGGUCAAUAUCAAAAGGACCAGUCAGUAUCUGGUGGCCGCCAGUUGCUUUAGGUACUACAGCGCAUUUCAUCCUCAUGGACUGCAUGGAAUUUGUCAGUUCUUGCUGUGAGAUGUUACCUCACUCUUCCAACAAGGCAUUUGUAAGUUCUCGAUCACAUCUGUGGGGACACAUGGUCACAAGUAAUUUUCCACUGCAAGGACGAUCAGCUGUCUUUUCUGUCUCCCUGUAGCACUGUCUUAAGCAUCUUACAUUACAGACAUUACAGUUUAUUGUUCUGGCCACAUCUGCAGUCCUCAUGCCUCCCUGCAGCAGGCCUAUGGCAUGUUCAUGUGGCUGCGCAGGCACCCUAGCCAUCUUUCUUCUGGUGUUUUUCAGAGUCAGUAGAACGGUCUCUUUAGUGUCCUAAGUUAUUAUAAAUGUGACCUUAAUUGCCUAUCAUCUGUAAACUGUUAGUGUCUUGAGGACUGUUCCAUAGGAGUAUGUGCAAUAAUUGUUUAUGUUUCAUUGAACAAGCAUAAAAAAUGUUGUUUAAACCCUUUCCAAUAAAGAUCUGUAAAGUUUAUUUGGAUUUUACAAAAUUAUGUUUAAAAUACAGUCUCCUUAAAAAGGGAUGUUUCUUUUUUGCUGAAUAUAUAUGGCUUUGAGAGACGGAGUCAUUUACACUUGCUGUUGAAGUAGUUUGAUAUUUAAAAAAAAUAUCUGCAAAUUAUUUGAAAAACAUCAUUCCACUGUAGGGAAAAUAAUCUACAAAUGGCGCAGAUUUCAAACACCUGCCAAUUUGUCCAGGACUGGCCGUCACAGUUAAUUCAGCUCAACAGCAGACCGUCUGAUGCGAAAAGAAGACCCCAAAAAUGCCCAAAUGUCAUCACAGAAUAUGCAAGUAAGUCUUGCAACUGCUGGUGUCAAAGUGCACGCAUCUACAAUCAUAGAGAGAUUGCAGAAAUUUGACCUACAUGGAAGGCGUGCCAGGAAAAAGCCUUUGCAAGACCACAGUUUGCCAAUGAGCAUAUAGGCAAUGACUACGCCUUUUCGAAUAAUGUGCUCUGGACAGACGACUCAAAGAUAGAGUUUAGAGUUGUGUGGCCACAGUGACGGCAGACAUGUUUGGCGGUGAGCAAAGACAGCUCUUCAGUAGAAGCGCCUCAUGCCAUGAAAUGUUCUGGUUUGGCAUUGCUUUGCUGCCUCAGGGACUAAACAGCGUGCAUUCAUUGAUUCAACUAUGAAUUCUGCAUCAUAUCAAAGAAUGCUUGAAGAUAAUGUGAAGCCAUCUGUCCAAAAGUGGACCUUCCAAUAGGAUAAUGAUCCUAACACACUAAAAAAUCCACCAAGGAAUGACUCAGAAAGAAGGACCGGAGGGUUAUUGAAUGGCCUAGGCAAAACUCAGCUUUGAAUCCCAAUUAAAUGUUGUGAGGGGAUUUGAAAUGGGCAGUACAUGCAAGAAAACCCUCAAACAUCUUGCAACUGAAAGAAUAUUGCAUUGAGAGAAUGGUCAAAAAUUCCAGCAAGCCUGGUGGACAGUUAUGCAAAAUGCCUACAUGAAGUUAUUUCUGCUAAAGGGGGCAAUACAAACUUCUGAGGCCAAGGGUGUACUUACUAUUCCAAAGUAUAAUUGAUAUUUCUGUUGAAUAAAGGAUUGAAAAAGCUAA